CGCUUUGUCUUCAACAGUGAACUUGGCGGCCCUGAUUUGGCUGGUUUGUUGGAUUAUGCAUCAAAGCGUCGGUUGAUUGAGUGUUGAUUAAAUAUAAUAUAUACAAGAUUCCUUUGGUUUCUUAACCAAAGGAAUUUGUACUAAUUCCAUAAACUUACAAAUUUAAAUAUAUAAGUAUUCUUUUGAAAUAUUCUAUGGCGUAGUAUUUCAUAUAUUUGUCCAAUUAAAAGUUCGUAGUUUAUCCAGUUGAAAAUCAAUAGUUAUACGACAAAAAAGAUUGGUUAUGCUUACUUAUAUCAGUGAUAAUAAUUAAAUGGAUGAUAUACGUUCAAAAAAAUGACAAAGACGUUGCCAACAUAGAUCCAUACAUUAUAAAAAUAAUACAUGUCUCGUUGACAUUGUAUAUUUAAUGUAUGUGUGUAUGUGGAUAUGUAUAUGUAUACGUAUGCGUUAAGUGAAUAUAUAUAUAUAUAUAUAUAUAUAUAUAAUAUAUGUAUGAACAAAUACAAUAAAGGCAUUGAUGUUUCACAGCAGGCAUACUGUGCUCUGUGUUAGGCCCCCAAACAAUGUCUGAAAGUUCUAAGAUGGGCCUAUUUGGCUCAAAAGAUAAGAAUAAGGAACAAAAAAAAGAACAAUCUAAAAAAGAAGAUUCUCCAGACCGUUAUGCACCAUACUGCAUCGACAGUGAUUCAGAAACCUAUGAUACAGAGGCAUUAAGCAUUAUGGAUAUAAAUGACAUUAUUGGUGUUCAAUCAGACCCUGUCAGUGACUCUACAUUAGAAAGUGAAAUUGCUGCUCUUUCACAAAUAAUCACUGAUUCAAAAGUAGAGAAUAACCAAACAAAUAUAAAGUCUAAUACUCAGAGUAAAGACAUAGAUAAUCAGAGUAUUAUUUGUGGUGAAAACAAAGAGUUUGGCGAUGAAAGAAAUAUUAUGGAAAAGGAACAGCAAGUGAUAGAAGACCCUAUAAAUGUCUCUGAUAUAAAUAUUUUUGAUAGUGGUAAUACUAUAUUACAGUUACAAACUAGUAAACAUAAAAAUAUAUCUGAAAAUCUUGAUUCAGAUAGUUGUAUAAAUACUAAUACUAAUUUAGAUACUGACUCUGAUCUUGCAUCUUUGAGCAACGUAUGUACAAUAUCCUCUAAAGAAGUUCAUUUGGAACAUGGAACAAGAUGCCAUGACGAAUCUUAUAUCAAGCACAAUGCAGAUGCUUCAUUGGAAUCUACUAUAAAUGAGGUUUUCUCUCAAACUACUGUAAUAGAAAAAUCUAUUGCAGUUUCAAAAGUAAGCAUAAAUAAUGACCAUGCUAAGAAUUAUAAUAUAAAACAUGAUGUAGAUACAUUAGUUAGCGUUGAAGGUAUUAGCGAAAGUUUGCAACUUAUUGGUGAAGCAUAUAUAUCAGAGGAUUCACAAGAAACAAAUUCAAUUGAAACUAAUUUAAGGAAGGAUGAAGUACCAUUAACCUUUACUGAUAUUUCUCUGACAUUUCAUGUAAAAAAAGAAGAUAAUUCAAAUACUCUAAGUAAUGAAAAACAGAUUAUAGAUAACAUAAAUAUUGCAUGUGAAAAUAUAAUAUCUAAAGAGAAAUUAAAAGAUUCCUUAGAACAUAAAAAUCUGUCAGAAGACUUCAGUAUUGUAGAAAAAACCUUAAGUAUUAACAACAAUAGAAAUGUGGAAGUUAUCUCUCUAUAUAAUCUAGAAGAAAAAAAUAAAGAAGACAAACAAGAUACAAGUCUUACAGUCAAAAAAUUUGAUACAGAAGAGUUACAUAAUAUAAAAAAUCCAGAUUUUGAACCGAAUGCAAUAAAAGAAACACUACAGCAAAUACAACCUGUCUUUGAUAACAAAGAAAAUAAACAUACAUGUGAGGAAGUGCAAUGUUUAUCUGAAUAUAAAGAGAAAUCAGAAACAAUAUGUGUAACAGAUAUAGUUCCAAAUGAAAAAACUGAAAUGGAAGACAAAAGUGAAAUAAAUAAUCAGUUAGAAAAAACAUAUUCAAAAUCUAAUAAUAAAUUUAUAGAUAUACAAGCAUUAGAAAUUGAAUCUAACACAGGAAACAAGAAGUUAGAAGAAUAUAAAACUAAAAAAAUCAACCCUAUUGAAACAGUUGAUCAUUUUAAAGAACAAGACGAAAUUUGGAAUACAUCUGAAACUGGAAAUCUGAAUUGUACAGAAGUAAUAAAUAUAACUACUCCAGAUAAUAAUAGUAUGAAUAAAACAGAAGAUUUUCAACCUGACGUUAUAACACAAUCACAAACAAAUAAAUUAGAACCAAUAGAAGAAUCAAACAAUGAAGAACAUUUAACAGAAUUAUGUACGACUUUUAAUAUGACUGAAAAAGUAAUAUCUAUUAAUACUGAUACUCUUGAUUCAGCAUGUACAGAGUUAAAUACAACAAAUAUAUUAACAACUGUUAAUUCAGAAAAAAAUAUUUCUAAUAAUAAUGUUAAUUCCAAUUAUAUAGAAAAUACAGCUGAAGUUAGUUUCAGUUCUUCUGAUAAUAUUACAGAAAAUUCAUUGGUCAAAAGUUGUUAUUUUCUAGAUAACAAUAAAUCUUCAAUAUUUCCAGACACUACAGAAUCUGUCAUGGUAAAAUUGGACGUUUCUGGAUUUAAACCAAAGCAUGAUCCUAUACUUCCUAAUAAUUCGGAAGUAUUGGAAACUUGUAUCUCACAAGUAGAAAAAAAAGAUUGUUUCAAAGAUAUUACCAUUUCCAACAAAUCUACAGAAUCAGUGCAAAUGGAAAUUGAGGAACCUGAUAAUAAAACUGAUGUAAUUUCUGAUUUUAACAAAAGCACAAUUAAAACAUUACAAGACACGAAUAAAAUAAAUGAUAAAAAUAAUAUGAAUACGAAGCAAUGCUUAUUUCAAGUACCUAUGAAACAAAUUGAUGAAGUAUCAUUAAUAGAAAAUGACAAUAAAAACAGUAAUUCUGAACAUAUACUUAAAAUAGAAACUAAAACUCAUGAGAUAAAAGAAGAAAAACAAUAUAUUCAGGAAACGUGUACAUUUGUAGAAGACAUAAACAAAGAUGUAGUUUCUCCGAAAUUAUUAGAUGAUACUAAGACAUCCUUUUCUCUGGAAGAAAAUAAAAUAAUAGAAGAUAAAAUAAUAUAUGAGACAAAUAAAAGAGAAGAUAUAGUUUCUUCAAAAUUAUUGGAUGAUAAUAAAGCAUUAUCUUUUUCUUUGGAGGAAAAUAAAAUAAUAGAGGAUAAAGUAAUAUGUGAAACAACUGAAGAAAAAUGUGACUUAGAAAAUAUUCCAGACAUAGAUGACACAACACAUAAUGAAAUUAUGAAAAAUAAUGAAGAUAUAGUUAAUAAAAAGGAAAAUUUGGAUGAAGUUACUAAUGAAGCUCAAAUAGAUCAAACCAAAAAGAUGUUGGAAAAGAAAAUUGAUCUAAUUACAAAUGUUGAAAAAAUAGAUUUAUCUAUUACAGCAUCUAGUAUUGAAGAAAAUAUUAUAAAAGAGGAUGUAAAAGAAAUCAAUCAAGAACCAAAUGGCACUCUAGAAAUAAAUGUAUCUGCUUCUUUUAAGAAUACAAAUAAUUUUCAAAAUAUAUUGCAAAAAGAAAAGAAGAAUGAAAAUGUAGAAAUGUUUGUAUGCACAACUAAUAAUACUAUUCCUAUCUUAUCAGAAGACACUGGUUUAUUAAUGGAAAAAGCAGAUAUAGAAGAUAGUAUAAAAAGUUCUAUUUCAGAAAAUAAUCUGAUAAAUAUUCUUGAAGACACACCUAAAAUGACAGAUAUGUUUUCAGAAGAACAAUGUCAAAAUACUCAAGACAUCAUGGAAAGUAUUUUAGAUAAUGUGACAAAUGUAACUGAUCUUAAACAUCUUUUAAGUCCAGAAAAUAAUACAAGAAAUGAAAAUGAGGAUGGUCUUCAACAAUCUGUGGAAUUGAUAACAGUGGAAAAUGAAGAUAAAGAAUUAGUUCAAAAAUUACCUGAAGUAUCAUCUGAUAUGCUCCAUAAAGAAAUAGAAGAUCCAAUAGAAGCACCAAAUUUAGACUCACUAGAAGAAUUAUUAGAUCUUGACUUAAUACCUGAAAGUGAUGAAGUAACAAUAAAAGAUGCAAAAAUAGAAGAAGAAGUACAAGAACAAGUAGAAGCAAUAGAUAAAAAUGUAGAUAUGACACUCUUUCUUCAGCAGUCUGAAGAUACAUCAUCUAUACCAGAAAAUCCAGAUUAUAUAGAACAUGUUAUUAAUAAUUGCUUAACAGAUAGAAAUGAUGUAUCAUUGGAAGAAACUACUGGUAAAGUAAAUAUUGGAACUUGUGAUCAAGAUAAAAUUGAAAUGAAUAUAACAUGUAAACCAAAAGAAUUAUUAAAAAUCAAUGAUGAUAUAAUAACUAUGUCUAUAACUAAACAUUCAGAUGAUGUAAAUUUACAAAAACAACUGGAUGUUAAUAAUUCUUUACAAAAUAAUGAUCUAAAUGUUGAUUAUAUCGGGAAUCCACUUGAAUCUGUAGAAAAUUUAGGAAAAGGAACUUCUAAAUUAGAAAUUCCGCAAAAUAUUCUUUUAGAAAAUACAAAUCAAGAUGAACAUCUGAAUGAGACUUCUCUUGAUAUAGACAGCAAUCAGGCCACUCCUGAUAUUUCAGAAUUAGAAUCUGCUGUAAAAUUUUUACAAGAGUCAGAAGAGCAAGCAGUAGAGUCUUCUUUGGUUCUUUCUCCAAAAAUGGUAGAAAGUGUUGUUAAUGAUAUAUCAAAACAAGCAAAUUCAAAUCUUUUUGUACAGGAUGAAGAUAUUUGCAAUGAUACUUCUGAAUUGGUAGUUGAAUUACAAAGAAUUACUUCUGAUUCUAUUUCUAUAUCUGAAGCUGAGAUUAUAUCAGAAGCAGCAAAAUUGGAAAAUGAACGGAAACUUGCUGAACAAAUUAAAGUAAAUACUUCUAUAUCUUGUAUUGAAGAAAAUAAAUUGAAAGAAAAUAAAGAAAAAAUAGAAAAUGUUCCUUCAACAAUCGCUACUUAUUUUAACACAACUACAGAGAAAAUGUCUAGUGAACAAAUAUUAUAUAAUUCAAAUGUACCUAGUACAAGUUCUGUAAAUUCUAAGAUAUCAGAUAGAAUGGCAAUAAUAGCUGAAUCUAUUCCCAAAGUUUCAAUUUUGGAAGAACGUUUGAAAGAACCACCAAAAAUAGAAAUUCCUACAUCAGAAAUAACAAAAAUGUGUGAAACAUUAACGAGUACAAAAGAUAGUCUUCUAAUACCAAAAGAUGCAAAAAUGUCUGUAUAUCCAAAAAUGUUAGAAUCACCGAAAUCUAUCGAAAACAGAGAAUCCAAAAUUGUAGAUACACCUAAAAAGGAAAUAGAAAAACAUGAUUUUGAAAAUGUUGGAUCUCCAAGAAUAAUACUAAAGAUUGUUAAAUCUGCAAUUGCAGAAUGUGCUGAACCAAGAUCGCCUAAAAGUCCAAAAAUUCGAUCAGCAACUAAUUCUCCAAAUCCAGAAGAUAGUCCGGGUCAAAAAUUAGGAAAAAUUAAAUUAAAGCUUUCAAAAAGUGGACAUCCUUCUAUAAUAUCAAAUGAAAACAUUGAAGAUGUAAAUCAAUGGCAUACAGAGAGUGCAGCAUCAUUAUCUCCUAUUGGCAUGAAAAUUAAGUUAUCAAAGACAGGAGAUGCUUCAAUUUUACCAACGGAAAAAUACGAAUCUAUGGAUGAUUUAAAGGAAAUAAAGCAUAAAUUUGAAGAAACUAAAAGAACAGAAUCUCCAUUAGGAAUGAAAAUCAAAUUAUCAAAAACUGGUGAUGCUUCCAUUGUACAACAAGAUUCAAAAGAUAUCACAACAAAAUAUAAAGAAAAACUAGAUGUUAUGCAGGGAAGCCCAAAAAGAAUAGAUUCUCCUAUAGGAAUGAAAAUUAAACUUUUGAAAACUGGAGAUGCAUCCAUUGUACAACCAGAAAAACAAGAAAUGUGUGAAGAUCAUAAAGAUGGAAAAUUAAAAGAGAAAGUAGAAACUAUUUCUGAUCUACCAAAAAGAACUGAAUCUCCAAUCGGUAUGAAACUGAAAUUAUCAAAGAGUGGAGAUGUAUCUAUUGUAUCCCCUGAUGCAACAGAUGAAGGAAAAGAUAUAGUAGCCAAAUCAAAAGAAAAACUGGAACCAUCUCCAGAAAUUCCUAAACGCACAGAUUCUCCAAUUGGAAUGAAAAUUAAAUUAUCAAAAACAAAAAGUGGGGCAUCUAUAAUUUCCAUAGAUAAUUCCGAAGAAAUGAAAGAAAAAAUAGAUAUUUCUGAUACACCAAAACGAACAGAAUCUCCUUUUGGAAUGAAAAUAAAAUUAUCAAAAAGUGGAGAUGCAUCUAUUAUACAUUCCGAAGUUUCGGAUGACAUGAAGGAAAUUAAACAAAAAGAAAAAAUAGACGUGUCUCAAGAUUCAACAAAAUGCACAGAGGUUUCAUGUGGAAUGAAAAUUAAAAUGAUGAAAUAUGGAGAAACAUCUGUAGGUUUACCAGAAUUGAUAGAUCGACAUGAAAGUAAUCAUGAUUCAUCUCAAAGAAUAGAAUCUAUUGGUAUGAAAAUAAAGUUUUCAAAAUCUGGUGAUGCAUCAAUAGUUCCUCCUGAUAAACAAGAACAAAUAGAUGAACAUAAGUGCAAAGAAACAUUAAAAGAUUUACCUAAGCGAACAGAAUCUCCAAUUGGAAUGAAGAUUAAACUUUCAAAAACAGGAGAUGCUUCUAUAAUACAAAAUGAAGUAAUAGAUAAUAAUAUAAAUAAAAAUAUCAACAAAUCGGAUAUAGAGUAUCAAAAAAAUUGUGAUACUUCUGUAUGUGCAAAAAUAAAAACAUCAAAAACUAGUGAUCCUCCUUUAAUAACAGAUUCUGAGAAAAAAGAGAAACAACAAAAAAGAAAAGAAACUGAAUCUCCAUUAGAAAUGAAAAUAAAGUUAUCAAAAACUGGACAUCCAACAAUUGUACCUUGUGAAGUACAUGGAGAUUCUAUUCAUAAAUUUAAAGAUACUGUAGAAACAACGAAUAAUUUUCCUCAUAGAUAUAAAGAGUCUGUAUUGCACAAAGAUUCACCAUUGAAGAUCCUUAAGACUGGACAUUCAACAAUUAUGCAAAAUACUCGUUCUGAAUUAACUAUUGAACCAGUACAAAUACAAGGGAAAAAAAUGGAAAAUGCUAGUGAAUUAUCUUCUAAGCGAAAAGAAAUAACAAUAUCACCAAUCGAGAUGAAAAAAUCAAAAUUAGAAACGCAUUUGUCACAAAUUCUACCAGAAGUUACCAUACAACCAGUUAUAUCGAGAGAUCAAAAACAACUAUUAUUUGAUCCAAAAACAAGUUUAAUUAGUCGUCAACAAAUGAAUGUUAUAAGCCAAGAAAUUAGUAUUACACAAGUAAGACCAUCCAAACAAGUGGAUGUUUCUAUGAGUGAUAAACUAAAGGAUAUGUUAAAUAAAAAUGUUACUAGUUCUCCAAUUGGUUCAGAUUGUGAAAUAAUUGAACAUAGACCUGAAUUAAUAAUUGUUAAUGAAAAUUCAAACUCUAGUCAAGAUGUCAUGAUAAUAGAAGAAGUACCAGCAAUCCGAAUGCCUGAAGUUAAAAUGCCCAAAAAACGAGGCAGGCCACGUAGAAAUCCACUUCCACCACUGACACAUACUUCAACGCAAAUAUUGAUACCUCGAGAUCCAUUGGCUUUGGAUGAGGUAUCACAAGUUGUCCAACUAGAACAUAGAGAAAAUGAAAGACCUAGGAGAACAUGUAGAAAUCAAAAAAGUUAUGCACCACCUAAAAGAGGACGUGGUAGAGGUCGUGGAAAGAGAAAGUUAGACAAUUCAGAUCUUCCACUUAGUAAGAAGCCCAGAAUUGAACAAGAUUUGAAUGCAAUAGAAGCUUCUACAAUGGCUAUAAUUACUUUAGAUGAAUCUCCAAAACAAGAACAGCCCUUGAGGAAAUCAUCUGAAUUAUAUAAAGCUCUUAAACAACCCCCUAUAGAUAUAAAAAAUAUAAACACUAUAUGUAAAAUUGAAAAACAAUCUUUAUUAACAGUUCGAAAAGAUGGUGUAAAACAAAUGGAUAUUCCUAAAACUACAAUUUUAGAUUCUAAUGUUAAUACUCAAAUAGAAUCUGUUAUGGGAUCUGGUAUCGAAGAAGAAAAAUUGUUAGCAAAAUCAACAAUGGGAUCAACAUUAUUAGACUGUAAAGUGGAAAAUGCAAAAUCUACUGGACAUGAAAGUAAGGAAAUGCUUAUACCUCCAGGACAUCCUAAUUGGUUAACACCAACAUCAAAAAGACAAACAGAAGCUACAUCCAAAAAUGAACCAGUGCCUUCUUUACAAGUUAUUGAUGAAGAAACAAGAAUGAGUGCAGAAUCUAAUUCAAGAUCUCAAACACCAGCUAGAAAUAUAUCAACACAAGCAUCUGAAACAAUAAUCAAUGAAGAAUCUCAGGGAAGUGUACUUAGUACUGCAACUACUGAAUCGGAGAAAGUAAAAGUAAAGAAUCGAAGAAUGGAAAUUAAUUUUGACCCUGAUGAAGGUCCCUUUACUGUUGACAAAAUAGCAGAAUAUGAGUGGCCUCUAGAUCGUAAAGGAGAAACAUUUAUGAUACAAGAACAAAUAUCACAAUAUUUAGGAGUGAAGUCGUUUAAAAGAAAAUAUCCAGAUUUAAAGCGCAGAAUGGUUGAUAUGGAAGAAAGAAAUUAUUUAAGAGAAAAUGGAUUAGUUAGUGAAGCAAUGUGCGAUAUGGGUUUAACAGCAGUUUGCAGUUCUGAAGUAUUAGAUGUAAUGUGUAGUGAUUUUCCUGAUCAAUAUGAGGAGUAUCGAAAACAUAUGCGAGAAAAACAAGUUAAAGAACAUUCCAAAAAGCAGAAAGAAUUAACAGCAGCAGCAAAUGCUGAAAGGAACAGAAUAGAUUUAGCAGAAAUGGCAAUACAGUCUGCUUUGUCGUGGAAUAUUAAUUUAAAUAAAUCACGUAAAGAAAACAGAAAAUGUAGUUUAGAUUUGCAGACUUUCACUAUUCAUGUGCCAAAGAAACACCACAAGUUUGAAACAGAUCGAAAGAUAAGUCAUUACCCUGUAGCUUUGAUACCAGGUCAAUAUACUGACUAUUAUCGCGAAUAUACACCUGCUGAAUUGAGAUAUUAUCCUCUUAACACAGUUUUGUAUGGUCCUAUGCGGCCAAAUGAACGUAAGUUUGAUAGUCAAUCUGAAGGUUCACAAAGUGAUAGUGAUAGUGAUACUUCAACUGAUGAUUCAAGUUCCACCUCCAGUGAAGGAACACAAGAUACAGAAGGGUCUCAAUCAACAAUGGAUGAUGUAGAUAUGGAAAUAAAUAACCAAAAAGAAGAAACUAAAUUAAAAUGCAAAAUGUGCUUAAAAAUGUUAAAUAAACACGGCAAAAAUGAAAUAUUAAUACAAUGUGGAACUUGUAAUGGAAAUGUUCAUCCAUCAUGUAUAGAAUUAACACUAGAUAUGGUUCCACAUAUUCAAUCUUAUGCCUGGCAGUGUACUGACUGUAAAACAUGUGCACAAUGUCAUGAUCCAGCAGAUGAAGAUAAAAUGUUAUUUUGUGAUAUGUGUGAUCGUGGAUAUCACAUAUAUUGUGUUGGUCUUCGACGAGUACCUGUUGGAAGAUGGCACUGUCAAGAAUGUGCUGUGUGCGCAAAUUGUGGUUCAAAAGAACCUGGAGGUGCUAAUUCUGAUAGAAACAGUGUAGCACAAUGGCAACAUGAAUAUAAGAAGGGUGAUAAAAAUACUCGUGUUUAUGUUUCCACAUUGUGUGUUCCAUGCUCAAAGCUAUGGCGAAAGGGUCGCUAUUGCCCACACUGCAGUCGCUGUCAUACUGCCUCAAGACUCGACCUGGAGGCGAAUCUAGUGCAUUGCAGCGCAUGUGAUAAAUAUCUGCAUUUAGGUUGCGUGGAGACUAAAGGACUGGUAUUUGAUAAAAAGAAUUAUUUAUGUGAUUUUUGUGCUCCAAAUCGACAACCAUUAAUGAAACCCUUGGUAUCAAAAGUAUUCAAGACAUGAAAAAAUUAUAUCUUUAUGUAAACUGUAUUUUGUUCAUGUGAAUGACAAGCCUUAUAUUUUAAAACAUCAGAAGAUACUUGUUCGGCAAUAUAUAAUAUUAAGAAAUUA